UGUUUUGAUUUUUUCAAAAUGGCGGCCGGAAAACUUUGAAACUUGAGAAACCUCACUAAUUUGAUUUAUUCUUUCGAAUGUAGCACUCUGGAGUAACAAAAACAAGGCUUAAUUGCUCAUUUAGGUAUUAUUUUUGAGGAUGAGUUGUUUAGGAGAAGCAAAGAUUGGUAUUUGGACGUUUAUUCCUUCUCCACAUCCGACUGACAAGUGUGGAACCAAUGGCUUGCCUCUGACACCAAACUCUAUUGUUGUCAUGGGAAGAUUCCAAAUAUUAAAGUCUUUAUAUCAUGAAAACAUCUGUCAGUAUCUGGAUAUCGUAAGAGCCAAGCAUGAAAGGCUUAUUAUAGCUGAAGAACAUUAUGAAGACAGCUUGCACAAAUCAAUUAAAGAUGGUAAAAAAUUCAGCAAUGAUGAAAUGACAAGAAUAAUGUUUGAAGCUCUUCAAGGUCUUGCUUUUUUGAAUAACCAUGGCAUUGUUAGCAGAAACAUAUCCCUACAGAAUAUUUUGCUGGAUCCAAAGGGUAAGGUAAAGCUCUCCAAGUUCGGACUUAAUCACAUGACUGACAGUGGUUCACUUGUGUCUUUUCCAAUUGGGUCCCCGAAGUACCUUGCACCAGAGGUAGUUUCCUCUGGACCAGGUCUGUCACCAGUGUUUGGGCCAUCAAGUCCUAAGGUUGACGUAUGGUCUCUUGGUAUGGUUCUUUUCAAUCUCAUCAUGGGUGGAAAACUCUGGCCAGAUACUGAUGAAUGUAGUGAGGUGGAAAAGAUUUUUGCAAAAGUUGUAUCUCUUGUUAAGAGACAAAAAGGUAAUUGUAAAUGUUUCCCCCCAGAAUCAUUUGAAGAUUGUUUGAACAUAUUGAUAAAUGACCACAAGUCUCCAGAAAAACUGCAGGACCUCCCCACUGAACUGGUAUCCUUCCUAAAUGCCUGUCUUACAGUCAACCCAAGUGAAAGGCCAUCAUCAUUGGAACUUCUGAAUCAUGAAUUAUUUUCUAAUUUUGAUAAAAGCAAGAUCUCUCUUGAAAAUGGUGUCCAUCCAUUCCCUGCAAUCAAUCGGUCUGUUGACAUAGAACUUUCUGAUUUACGUAAAGAAGCCCAAGAGAAUGGUCAAGAAGAUGAAGACCAUCUUGCAAAAAGACCCCUUAGUGAAGUGUAUUACUUGUGGUGCUUAGCAGGAGGAGACAUAGAAGGAGAGUUAAAGAAACAAGGACUUAUCAAGACCAAACCACCAAUUUUAUCCUUACCGAAGGUGUUUUUGUAUACAGGAGAGGAAAUGGGAGCAGAAAAAGACAAGAUAUUGCUUUUAGAUGAAACUACUAUUACACUCUCACUUUCACAACUAAGAGAGAGAUUAGAACAUGUUGGGGUGUGCUCUUACUAUCCACUGAUUGAAGAAAAUGACCCAGCCUCAAGAUCAGCCAUGCUAGACAUUGCAGAACUACCUCUUGCUAUACGAGAAAAAACUGUAGACUAUCAGUUUCAUCGAAUAGUUCUUUUUCAAAGACUUCUCCUGGGGUAUCCCUACACGCGAGACAGAUUAGUCCGAGAAGCGCGCACUGAUAUACCACCAUUGCUGAGAGGAAAGAUUUGGGCUGGCUUACUAGGAGUUCAGGGUGAUACACGCGGAAAAUAUGACAGCAUAGACAAAGAAUCUCCAAGUUCAGCAGACAGACAGAUCGAAGUCGACAUUCCUCGCUGUCAUCAGUAUGACCCUCUACUAUCUUCCCCUACUGCUCAUGAAAAAUUCAAAAGGGUGCUGAAGGCAUGGGUAGUGUCACACCCAAACCUGGGUUACUGGCAAGGCCUCGAUUCCCUUUGUGCGCCUUUCCUAUCUUUGCACUUUAACGAUGAAGCCUUGGCGUACGCCUGCCUGUCAGCAUUCAUUCCCAAGUAUUUGCAUGAUUUUUUCCUCAAAGACAACGCUCCAAUAAUUCAAGAAUACCUGGCCGUGUUUUCUCAGCUGAUUGCAUUCCAUGACCCAGAACUGUUCAACCAUAUGCAGGAGAUUGGCUUCAUUCCAGAGUUGUAUGCAAUACCGUGGUUCUUGACGAUGUUUUGCCACGUAUUUCCCUUACACAAGAUCUAUCAUUUAUGGGACACCUUGUUGCUAGGCAACGCAUCCUUCCCGUCAUGCAUCGGUGUGGCUAUUCUCCAGCAGCUGAGGGACCAGCUUCUAUCAUUUGGCUUUAAUGAAUGCAUUCUUCUCUUUUCGGAUAUGCCGGAGGUAGAUAUAGAUCGAGUUGUUCGAGAUUCAAAGAAGAUAUUCUCUUGGACUCCAAGAACUGCUUCCUUGAGGCGACAUGAGCAUGCAGUUGCUACAUCAAAGGGAAAGCCGGAAAAAGAAUUCCUGCCAUUAAAACAGCUCAAAGCAGAAGUAUGCUGCAGAAUAACUGCACAAAAUUUAAUCCGCAUCAUGGAACUCGGGAAUAAUGUUCAAUCAUGGACGACUGGCUCGCCGAAGAAGAAGGCAAAACCGAGAGGGAUUGUGGUAGAUGUGCGAUCCCCGGAAGAAUUUCAUCGYGGUCAAGUAGCAGGGAGUGUUAACAUCCCUUUUAACCAGGCGUUCCUCGAAGACGGUGCACUUGCUCAAUCCAACGCUUCCGCGACUCUGGCUAAUUUUAAGGGAAAGAUUGUAAUAGUAAUGGGAAAUAAAACAAAUUAUCCUGCCAAGAUUGGUGCAGGGCUCGUCAAAUUAGGUUACCCACGGGUAUGCGUGCUGGAGGAUCAAGGAAUAGGUGUACUACGGUCACAAGCAUUACUCACAGUACAAACUUCUUAACGCAAUCAAUAAAGAUAUACUUGAUUUUGUAGAUAUAAAGAAAAUAACCUGAAACUAAUAGAAAUAKCUUUGUCCACUCAUUGGCAAUCCCAUGGUCUGUCUUCAGAAUCAUUACAGCACCUAUAAUUGCGCCAUCGUUAUGCAGCUUGUUUAACAAGUGUUGCUUAGUGAUAGGAAGAUGAUCAACGUCAUGCACGUAUUCAAAAAGGAGAAGAGAGAGAGAGAAUACGAUAUUGAUACUAGACCAUGAUAUCCUUACGGGGCUUUUAAGUUGUGACGUAUUUCCGGGUCCAAUCACACAACAAGAUCGCUCAAAUCUUGCCACAACUUAUUUCCAGGAUUUAUUCUCUACCUUCAACAACUAGAUAUAUGAACAGAAAAUCCCGCUAAAAAAAACACAGAAAAAUGUCUGUAGAAGUAUUUAUUAAUUUGGAACCGGAAGCCGUUUUUCGUUCAAAUCACGUCACACUUAACAGCUCUAUUGCCUAUUGUAUCUAAAGUCCUCAUCAAUGGAUGUCAAUAUGUUGAAAAGUAGCAUUUUAUAUAAAAUAGCAAAUAAUUUCAGCUUCACGAGAUAUCCUUGUUUUUAUGAAUUCUAACAAAUGUUGGGUCGUCAUGUCUUAUGCGUAUAGAUUAGUAUAGAUCAUGAUAAUUAAAGACGGCGAAGCAUUA